AUGAUCUGGCUUGCCGACUCUCCACGUGAUGGAUCUUUUACCCCAAUCACUUCGUUCUUACGAGGACGUCCGUUUGGUAGCUCAGGAAGGAGAUCGCACGGCAUCAGUUUUUCCUGGGAUAUAUCGCCUGUCGUGUCCUAUCGAACAAAAAAGCAAGCGGGGGAGGCGAGGGAGGGAGGGCGGGCCUCCCUUAUUUUGAGAGAAACAUGCUCGAGUACGAGCCUUCGCGCACUCAGACCCUCCGCUCGGGGGGUCUGA